GUGAGGUCAGGUACUGGCUAGAUUCAUAAAGAUGUUUGUACAACAGAGAGCAGCAAAUGGGUUCCUACGCCUCUUGUGGAUCCUGAGUCAGCACUUCGCUCCCGCAGGGAAGGUCACCCCUACCCACACGGCCAAGAAGUUAGUAUUAGUUCAACAGCACUUAGCCUUCCCUGCCCUUGGGGCCCUCAGGAGCCUAAAUAUCCAGAUGACACCACAAACGUCAUCGGCCACUCAGCUAUCAGUCACUCUCAAGAUUGUCGACCUUCGUAUGAUGGGAUAUCACCCUGGCUAAACAAUUUGAUGGCAAUGGUGACACGAUUCGAGAUCUAGGGGCACG